GCCAUGGUGGAGAAGUGACCAGCUCUCUGACCAAGCAGUCCACACAUCUCCUUUGUGUGAACAGUGGUGCUAUGUCCAGCAAGUAUCAGAAAGCAAUCGAUCAAGGUGUCGUGAUCAUCCGCGAGAGACAGCUGCGUCAGAUGAUUGGAGAGUUGAAGCCUGAUCGUGGCAAUGUCUGCCUUGCUGCAGGGCAUAAGAUGAAGUGGGGCGUCAGCCCAGAGUAUGAUAGCUUUGUGUGCAAUCUCUGUGCUAAAGCCGAUUCUGGUCCUCGAUGGUACUGUGGAGCAUGUCAUGAUGACAUCUGCGGCACGUGCCGAAAGAGGAAGUAG